AUGGUUCUCGGGCGACUAGCCCACUACACCUUCGACGCAGUCCUCGUCUCCGCCUUCCUCGCCGGCGUCAAACGCAGCACAGGCCUAACUCCUAGCAUCCGCUCCGACUCCUUCUCCGAAUCGCGUAACCUCAAGCGCUGGAUCGAGAACUACCUUUGGGUCGGCGAGACGAUUAUGGAUCAGAGUGUGGCGUUGAUGAGUUCGAGCGGAUACUUUGAGAGGAAGAGAUGA